UUUCAGCUGCCUACUGCGGAGACAGGCGAUCGAGUUAGUGUUGGACUUGGCACAGGAGCCCGCGACGAUCGAAAAUGGUGGCUCACGUGCUGGUGUUCCCGUGCCCGGCGCAGGGCCACAUCAACUGCAUGCUCCACUUCGCCGCGGGCCUCCUCGACGCCGGCUUCCACGUCACGUUCCUCCACAGCGACCACAACCGACGGAGGCUGGGCCUCGCCGCCGCAGGGGCGGAGGCUAGGUCGCCGCGGCUCCGGUUUCUGUCCGUGCCGGACGGCCUCCCCGACGACCACCCCCGCUCGGCGGGAAAGCUCCUCGAGUUCAUGGAGUCCAUGCAGACGCACACGAGCGUCGCCUACCGCGCCCUGCUCGCGUCCCUUCGCGCGGGUGCGCCAGGCCGCGACGACGGGUUCCCUCCCGUGACAUGCGUCGUCGCCGACGGGAUACUGCCGUUCGCGAUCGACGUCGCGGAGGAGCUCGGCGUCCCGGCGAUCGCCUUCCGCACGGCCAGCGCGUGCAGCUUCCUCGCCUACCUGUCCGUGCCCGGCCUCGUGGAGCUCGGCGAGGUCCCCUUCCCGGCAGGCGCCGACCUCGACGCGCCGGUUCGCGGCGUCCCGGGAAUGGAGGGCUUCCUGCGCCAGCGAGACCUUCCGAGCUUCUGCCGCGGCCACGCCGAGGACGGCGGCCUCGACCCCAUGCUGCAGAUGCUCCACGAGUUCACCGCGCACAGCAGCAAUGCUCGGGCGCUCAUAUUCAACACGUCCGCGUCGCUGGAGCGGUCCGCACUCGCGCACGUCGCGCCGCUCAUGCGCGACGUGUUCGCCGUCGGCCCUCUCCACGCCAUGUUCCAGGCGCCGGCGGCCGGCGGCGCCUUGUGGCGCGAGGACGACGGCUGCACGGCGUGGCUCGACGGGCACGCGGACCGGUCCGUCGUGUACGUGAGCCUGGGGAGCCUCGCCGUCAUCUCGCUGGAGCAGUUCACCGAGUUCCUGUCCGGGCUCGUCAGCGCCGACCACCCCUUCCUGUGGGUGCUCCGUCCGGACAUGGUCGGCGAGAGCCAGAACGCCGUCCUACAGGAGGCCAUCAAGGCGGCGGGGAGAAGCAAGGCCUGCGUGGUGGACUGGGCGCCGCAGCGGGACGUGCUUCGGCACCGUGCCGUGGGGUGCUUCCUGACGCACGCCGGGUGGAACUCCACGCUGGAGGUCGUCACCGAGGGUGUGCCGACGGUGUGCUGGCCGUUCUUCGCCGACCAGCAGAUCAACAGCCGGUUCAUAGGCGAAGUGUGGAGGACAGGGCUGGACAUGAAGGACGUGUGCGAGAGGGCCGUCGUGGAAAGGAUGGUGAGGGAAGCCAUGGAGUCCGAGGAGAUAAGGAGGUCCGCUCAGGCGCUGGCGCUGGAGGUGAGGCGGGACAUUGCCGAGGGUGGCUCGUCCAAGGAGGAGUUCAAGCGGCUCGUGGGCUUCCUCAACGAGCUUAGCCUCAGCAGUCAGCACCAAGGCGCCACCAGUUCCAGAAUCCAGAUAAGGAAAUAUUAG